AUGAAUUGGAAAUGUUUGUGCUGCGGAUUUCCCAGGGAAACUCAACCCUUGAUGAUCAGCGCAAGUAACGACAGGGAUUAUCCCUGGAAAAGAUAUACUCUCAAGGAGCUUUUGCACCCAACAAACACCUUCCAUAAUGACAAAAAGAUUGGAGAAGGUGCAUUUGGAAGCGUGUACUGGGGUCGAACAAGUAAAGGCGUUGGGAUAGCAGUGAAACGACUGAAGGCAAUGAGUGCGAAGGCAGAAAUGGAAUUUGCAGUAGAAGUGGAGAUACUUGGGAGAGUGAGGCAUAAGAAUUUGUUAGGUUUAAGAGGAUUUUAUGCGGGCGGGGAUGAAAGGCUUAUAGUCUAUGAUUAUAUGCCUAAUCAUAGCUUGAUCACUCAUUUGCAUGGCCAACUCGCUUCAGAUUGUUUGCUGGAUUGGACCCGGAGAAUGAACACAGCUAUUGGAUCAGCUGAAGGAUUGGCUAAGUAUAAUUCAUUAAUUCAUAUUUUAGAACAAUUUUUGCCAACUAAACAGAUUCUUUCAUGA